AUGCACUUCAUCCUUUUUGUCCAUGAGACAUACGACAUAGAUUGUUCCAGUGUCCUUGGUGUGUGGCUUGUGGUCGAGAUGUGGAUGAUGUUGAGUGCUUUGUUUUGUUCUGCCACGGUUUUCAGUGCUUCAAUGAUGUCACCAUUUGCUCCAAUCACUUUCACCGCUCCACACCUUUUCUUGAUUUCAUUGUUGACCUUAAGGUUUUUCUCGAAGUCUUCCUUGUUGGAUUUGGUAUCACUGAAGAUGAUCUGGGGUCCUUUGAAGGGAUGUUUCUUGAGAAUCUCUGUUACUCUGUUUAAGUCUUUCUCACCAACAAACAUGGACAAUGUGUCAGACCUGGUGGUUCCACAGCGUACAGUUGUGCGUUGA